CCUCCCGAGCGGGCGCGCCUCCCCCGUUGCCUCGGCCAUGGGCGUGGGCGUCAAGUGCAGCGGCUCCGAGGGCCCGACGCCGCCCCCGCCCUCGGCACCGCUGUCCGUGUGCUCGCCGCUCUCGCCGGGGCCGAAGGGCGCCCUCACGCCCACGCCCGAGGACGACCACAUCGAGCCCGAGGUGGACGUGACGGACGAGGGUGAGCUGGAGGGCGACAAGGGCGUGGGCGGCGAGGGCGGCAGCGAGGGCGCGGGCGGCGGCGACGGCGACGAUUUCACGCCCAAGCGGAAGCAGCGCCGCUACCGCACCACCUUCACGUCGUUCCAGCUGGAGGAGCUGGAGAAGGCCUUCGCUAGGACGCACUACCCCGACGUGUUCACAAGAGAGGAAUUGGCGAUGAAGAUCGGACUCACCGAAGCGAGGAUACAGGUGUGGUUCCAGAACCGGCGUGCCAAGUGGAGGAAGCAGGAGAAGGUGGGGCCCUCCACGCACCCCUACGGCGCCUUCCCGCCCUCGGCGCCCCUGCCCCUGCAGCGCCGCGCCGCCCACCAUCUCCAGCCCCUUCGCCGGCCUCGGCUACAUCCGCAAGCCGCCGUCCUUCGACUCGCCGGCCAUCCUGCCGCCGUCGGCGUCGCGGCUGCCGGCGUCGUACCUGCAGGCGGCGGCGGCGCAGCUGCUGCCGGGCGCCGGCUACCUGGCGGGCAUGUCGGGGCUGCGCGAGCUGCAGCAGUACCGCGCCGGCCUCGUGGCGCCGCCGCACUACCCGCCCUCCUUCACGCACCUGCUGGCCGGCCUGUCCUCCAGGCCCAAGCUGCCCGAGGCCGGAGACUACGCCGCCCUGCUGGCCUCCGUGCCCUCCCUGCAGCCGCCGCCUGUGGCGCCCGCGCCGCCCCUCACGCCCCCCGAGCCGCCGCACAGGAUGGGCGGCAGCGGCAGCUCCUCGGGCGCGCCGAGGACGAGGGCUUCGCCGCCGCCCGCCCCGCCGCCGUCGGGCGCGGUGGAGCAGGACCGCCGGGCGUCGUCCAUCGCCGAGCUGCGCGCGCGCGCGCGCGAGCAUGAACUGCGCCUGGAGAUGCUCAGGAAGCACGGCGACGUGGUCACGUGAUGGGCGGGCGCGACGCCCCCGCAGAAGGAAAAUGAAAAGCAAGAAAUGAGAAUGAUCCGACUUUCCACUUGGUGUUCAAAGCGAAGCCGCGACGCCCCUUUUUGAACAGCACAGUGCAUCCCGCUGCAGCCGGCUCUCAUAACGCCGCUGACGAAGGAGACAAAUAAACCAUAAAAAAAAAUAGUAAUUAAUAAAAUCAAUAAAAAGCCCCCCCCCC